ACAACCUUUUGUCAUUAGUCACGCUUCCCGAACAAACAACUGUUGCCCGAAACUGUGACAGCAACUCCGGACAAUUUUAAGCAAACAUCUGAUAAGGUUGGUUCCCUGUUCAAGAGUACGUAGUGAUAAGAACCCGAGGAUAGAAGGCCAGUUCAUGACUUCAAGCAAAGGUGUCUGACAUCAAACAGGAACGGAAGCUAAAAUGGGCACCUCAGUGAUUCAGCAAAUCGGCUUCAUUCUGGGUGUGUUGGGCCAGUUUUUCGUAUCUGCUGCUACAGCCAUGGAUAUGUGGGGUUUACAGGACCGGUCCUUCUCAGUCAUAACAAGUGUUUACACUUACUCUGGACUCUGGAAAUCAUGUGUAGAAAACUCAUCUGGAAUGACCCAAUGCAGGCCUUAUUUUACCAUACUAGGGCUGCCAGUUAUGCUCCAAGCUGUGCGGGCACUGAUGAUAGUUGGGAUAGUUCUGGGAGCCAUCGGCUGUCUGAUCGCCAUCUUUGCCCUCAAGAGUCUGAAGAUGGGAAAUAUGGAGGACAAUGUCAAGGCUACCAUGACACUGACCUCUGGGGUCAUGUUUCUGCUUGCAGGUGUCUGUGGCAUUGCUGGAGUGUCUGUCUUUGCCAACCUAAUCGUGUCCAGCUUCCGGUUCACCACCUAUGCAGACAGUGGAUAUGGAGGAGAAGGAGUACUGGGAGGACUUGGAGGAUCUCUCACUCCCAGGUACACCUUUGGCACCGCCCUCUUUGUGGGGUGGAUAGGCGGGGCUGUGUUGGUCAUAGGAGGAGUUAUGAUGUGUAUUGCCUUCAGAGGGAUGAUUCCAUCAAAGGAGAAGCGACAAGGUUAUGGGGUGGCCUACAAAGCUGCGUCCCAACACACAACAGUGUACAAGGAUGACGCGAAACCCAGACUCGCCUAUGACGAGUCUUUCAGAGCCCAGAUUAUGAAUGGAAGACACUCCAACCAGCAAUAUGUGUGAAGAAUAUAAUAUUAUGUACUAGUUAGAGGUUUUCUGAAACUAAACAAUACUAUUUUGAUAUUUCAAUGACAAUCCCGUGCAGCUCUAAGGGGCUUAGAAGAUUGCAUAGAGGGUUGCUAUGAAGGAAAACCUUUUUCAGGUUUGAUUAGUUAUUUUUGUACUUGGAUCUCUCUUAUAUUUUGGGCUCCCGAGUGGCGCAGUGGUCUAAGGCACUGCAACUGAGUGCUAGAGGCAUCACUACAGGCCCUGGUUCGA